AUGGAAUCGCAUAAGCAACUUAAAGACGCUGGUUAUAAUGUUAGGUCAUUUGGUACUGGUUCAGCAGUAAGGUUACCGGGACCUCUGAUUGACAAGCCAAAUGUAUAUGAAUUCGGGACCCCUUACGAAGAUAUUUAUCGUGAUUUGACAAGUCAAGAUUAUCACAAGAUGUACGAAUCCAAUGGGCUUAUUCGCAUGAUCAAUAGAAAUAGACAUAUAAAAAGAGCGCCAGAAAAGUGGCACAACAAUGCAUCGGCCGGUAAGUUUGAUUUGGUAAUAACCUGUGAGGAGAGGUGCUUUGAUCUUGUUCUUGAUGACCUUAUGGUUAGACUUGUGAAUAAAGAUCAACCUGAUACCGAAGUUAAACAAGUUGUUCAUAUAAUUAAUGUCGAUAUCAAGGACGACUAUGAGAAUGCCGUUAUUGGAGGAAAAGGAAUCUUAAAACUUGUUAAUAUGAUCCAUGAAUUUAGAAAUACGAAUAAACAAAAAAGACAAGAUCAUGAUUUUGACGAUGAAUCAGAUACUAUUUUGGAAGACCAAAUGAUGAAAAUUUUGACGAAAUGGCAGCAAGAGCAUACCCAUUUACAAACUAUAUAUAGUGUAGCAUAUUAUUAA